AUGAGGAAUGGAUCCUCUCUACAGUUUAUGCUAGCCCUUACCCCUUCUAAAGAGAUGAACUCUGGAACAGUCUUGAGGAUGCAGCUAGGAGUAUGGAGAAACCCUGACUGGAGAAGCUUUUCUCCUUACUACAAUCACAACCGAACCCAGAAAUUCGUUGAACGAAUCAACAACUGCAACCUCAUCGAUCUUGGUUGUGUUGGCCCUAGACUCACAUGGACAAACAACCGAUAUGGAUUGGCUAAUACCAUGGAGCAUCUUGAUAGAGCUAUGAGCAAUGACAAAUGUAGAGCUUUAUUUCCUGAAGGGACAGUGAGGACACUUCCCAGAACUUAUCCAGACCACUUCCCACUCAUUGUUCUCACACAAGGUAUGCAUCUCUCUAACCCUACUUCUAGGCCUUUUAGAUUUGAAGCAGCUUGGCCCUGCCACCCUACUUUCUUGGAUGUUGUCAAAAAGUCUUGGACCAAUAUGGAUUAUAAUCUGGUUGAGGCCAUCAAUGGAUUUACUCAUGAUGUAAAAAAUUGGGACAAAGAAGUCUUUGGGAAUGUGUAUAAGCAUAAGCGAAACCUUUUAGCCUGA